AUGUUGGAGACUUGGAGGUGGGUUUUGCUGGUGUUCAGCAUCUGCAUUUUGGGAUGGAGUCCCAGUUCCAUCAAUGCUGCCACAGAUCCAGCAGAUGUUUCUGCUCUAAAGGCCUUGUAUAGUAGCUUAAACUCCCCAUCUCAGCUAACCCAGUGGAGUGCAAAUGGUGAUGAUCCAUGUGGCCAGUCUUGGAAAGGUGUUAAGUGCUCGGGCUCACGAGUAACAGAAAUUGAUGUAUCAAAUCUUCAACUUUCGGGAUCAUUGUGGUCUUCGCUUCAGAGUUUGACAUCAUUAACCAACCUAGACAUGAGCCAUAAUAAUCUCGCAGGCAGUAUAACUUAUUCACUUCCUCCAAACAUGACUCGAUUAAACCUUGCUGCUAAUAACUUCAAUCAAGGCAUCCCUUAUUCCAUCUCUCUGAUAACUUCUCUUGAAUAUCUGAACAUCAGUCAUAAUCAGCUUCAGAACCAGGUGGAUGACAUUUUUGGAAAGCUCUCUUCCCUAUCCACAUUGGACCUCUCUUUCAAUUCUCUGUCAGGUAACCUCCCUGAGAGUUUAAGCUCCCUCUCAAGUAUGACCACAAUGAAUUUGCAGAAUAACCAGCUUACAGGGAACAUUAAUGUCCUUGCCAAUCUCCCCCUUGAAAAUCUGAAUAUUCAAAAUAACCGAUUUACCGGCUGGAUUCCAGAGCAGUUGGAAAACAUUAAUCUGGAGAAGGAUGGAAACACAUGGAACUCAGGCCCUGCACCCCCACCUCCACCUGGUACACCUCCAGCCAGCAAGAACAACGGAAAUCACAAAUCUGGCAGCAAUGGCUCACCAUCAAAAGGUGGUGCAGGUGAAGGUGGAAAGAAAUCAGGAAUAGGAGGUGGUGGCAUAGCAGGAAUAGUGAUAUCUCUUUUGGUAGUUACGGGGGUUGUCGCAUUCUUUAUCAUAAAGAGAAGAUUGAGGAGGUCGUCCUCGGACGUGGAGAAGUUUGAUAGUCAGCCCUUUGCUCCACUUGCAAGUGAAGUAAAAGAAAUGAAAUCUGUACAAACCCCUGCCACGUUGGACAUGAAGACCUUUGAUACUCCUGCCACAAUAAAUCUUAGACCCCCACCAGUGGAUCGUCAUAAAUCAUUUGAUGAAGAAGAUUUCUCAAAGAAGCCCAUUGUGGUCAAGAAAACCAGCACAGCUCCUUUAAAUGUGACCUCAUAUUCAAUAGCAGACCUGCAGAUUGCUACUGGCAGUUUUAACGUUGAAAACCUUCUUGGUGAGGGGUCGUUUGGACGUGUUUAUCGUGCUCAAUUUGAUGAUGGGAAGGUUCUUGCUGUGAAGAAAAUAGAUUCAUCUGUCCUUCCUAGUGAGUUGUCAGAAGAUUUCACAGAGAUUGUUUCGAACAUCUCCCUGUUGCAUCACCCGAAUGUAACGGAGCUGGUGGGUUACUGUUCAGAGCAUGGACAGCACCUGCUAGUCUAUGAGUUCCAUAAAAGUGGUUCGCUGCAUGACUUCCUGCAUCUAUCAGAUGACUACAACAAGCCAUUGACAUGGAACUCUAGGGUCAAGAUUGCUCUGGGGACUGCACGGGCACUAGAGUACUUGCAUGAAGUUUGCUCACCAUCAAUUAUUCACAAAAAUAUAAAGUCAGCCAACAUAUUACUGGAUGUGGAGCUCAACCCUCAUCUUUCAGACACUGGCCUCGCAAGCUUUAUCCCCAAUGCUGAUCAGGCCUUGGAGCACAAUGCGGGAUCUGGGUACAGUGCACCUGAGGUUGCAAUGUCUGGUCAAUAUACUCUAAAGAGUGAUGUCUACGGUUUUGGAGUGGUUAUGCUGGAGCUUAUUAGUGGACGGAAACCAUUUGAUAGCUCGAAGCCUAGAUCUGAACAAUCUCUGGUUCGAUGGGCAACACCCCAGCUCCAUGAUAUUGACGCUCUUUCGAAAAUGGUGGAUCCAGCACUCAAGGGGCUCUAUCCAGUUAAAUCUCUGUCACGGUUUGCUGAUGUGAUUGCCCUUUGUGUCCAGCCCGAGCCUGAGUUCCGACCUCCUAUGUCGGAAGUGGUUGAAGCAUUGGUUCGGUUGGUGCAGCGAGCCAACAUGAGCAGGAGAACAAUUGGAAAUGAUCAAGGAGGAUCCCAGAGAGGCGACAACGCCAAUGGACAGGAUGACAUGUCUUGA